AUGGCUAAUGAGUCGUGGGUGUUGGCAACAGUAUUGUUAUGUUUGUAUGGUUUCUUUAAAGAAAUGCGGCCUUCUGAACCAUUUCUUACACCAUACUUACGAAAUUAUAAGAAUUUGACGGCUGAAGAAGUUGACAAUGAAAUAUAUCCCAUUUGGACAUAUUCCUACCUUUUUGCUCUAGUGUUUGUAUUUCUUUUGACGGAUUUUCUGCGGUAUAAACCAGUUAUCAUAGUGGAGGUUCUAACAUAUUUAGCUACAUGGUCGUUACUCAUCUGGGGAAAUGGACUUCAGGCAAUGCUUUUAAUGCAGUUCUUUUAUGGACUUGCCACAGCGACAGAGAUUGCUUACUAUUCUUAUAUAUAUGCGAUAGUUUCACCUCAACAAUAUCGGAAAGUAACUAGCUAUACACGAACUGCUAUAUUGACAGGAGAUUUUACGGCUGGAGUGCUCGGGCAAAUUCUUGUGUCUUCGCACAUUACAACAACAUAUUUCCUUUUAAAUGUGAUCUCUUUCGUAAGUCUCUGUGUUGCUUUUGUGAUUUCCAUCUUUCUGCCCCCAACCAAGAAGAGUGUGUAUUUUCACAGAGACUCUGUUUCUGGAAUUGAUUCUCAUCAUGUCUCACUUCCACCCCCACCACAAUGUCAGAAGUCUGACGAAAACACUGCAGCAAAAGAUGAAUUUAAAGAUGUGAUGGCUAAUGAGGAUAUUACUUCAACCGAGGGUGAACUAUAUAUUCAUCAAAAUUCAGAUACAAACUGUGUGCAAGAUGAUUAUGGGAGUAUUUGGGACUCAACACAAUCUUCGCAAGAGGAUCUUGUAAUAAGAACAAACACAUAUGCUGAUGAUAACAUUGAAAAUCAAUCUCCAAAGAGGAAAAGAAGAAUAAUUAAAGUUCAGUGCACAUCCUGCAAGGGUAACUUCCAAUCUCUGUUGACUGAUUUUAAGUCAUGUUAUUCCUCAAGUCAUUUGCUUAAAUGGUCUCUAUGGUGGGCAUUUGCAACAUGUGGUUACUUUCAAAUUGGUAACUAUGUACAGAAUUUAUGGGAUUUAAUUGAGCCAUCCACAAGUGAUGAUUCUCGUAUUUAUAACGGUGCAGUUGAUGCUGUUUCAACAUUAUCAGGUGCCUUUGCAACCUUCAUUCUUGCCUUCAUAAAGUUUAACUGGACAAUUUUUGGUGAAUUAACACUUGGAAUUGUGUCUACGCUGGAUGCUGUUAUUUUGUGUGCUAUGGGGUUUUCAUCAAACAUAUGGUUAUCCUAUGCAUUCUACAUCUUAUUCAGAUCUUCGUACCAGCUGCUUAUCACUAUAGCAACAUUUCAGAUUGCAAGUCAUCUAACCACCGAGCGCUAUGCCCUUGUAUUUGGAUGUAAUUCAUUUGUUGCCUUGGCUUUACAAAGUUUGUUGACUCUUAUUGUUGUUGACAAACAUGGAUUAAAUCUGCCUGCUGAUGUGCAAUUUUGUAUUUAUGGAGGAUACUACUUUGUCAUUGGGACAAUAUUCAUGGCUAAAGCAGUCUAUACAUUGAGCAAAUCAGGUUGGAUUAUCAGUUGCCAGCAGCGAUGGGUUACUUAUAAGGAUGAAGAUGCAGACAGUGUUGAAGAGAAGUAUCUACAAGAGGAAAUGGAGAAAAAUCACACAAUUCAGUCUGAUAUUGAGGAAGAAGCAAGUCUAGUGGAGAGGAGGGUAUGCGUAAAUGAUGAUAAUGAAUGUGUACAUUAAACAUAUAGUUGUAUGGUGUAGAUGUACUAUCAACAGCUAAUUUAUAUUACUCCCCAAAUUUUCUACAUUCUGAUCCUUAUAAGUAUCCAUAAUUGUUUCUCAGAGAUGAACUUGCCGAUUUCAUUCAAACUUUGUAACAGGAUCAUGUAUGUUGGGUUA